AUGAACCUGGGCGACGUGCGGGUGCGGUGGUUGCGGGAUCGAGCGCUCGCUGCUUUAGGGUUGACCGACGCGAAGCCUUUCGAGGAGCUGCUAAGCCGCGACGGCGGCGAGGCCGGGAGGGCCGUGCUGCGCUUCUUCAACGGCGGUGCUGAGAACGAUGAGGAUGUGACGGCCGUGCUGCUGCUGCUGCGGGCCGAGCGGCGCCCCCACGAGGGCGGGGAGGCAGCGGACACAGGCGGUACACGCGAGUUUGGAGAUGAGGAGGAGGAAGAAGGCUCUGAUAAUUCAUUUUCUGAGCAGCUGGCUGAGGUGGCCUCCUCUGUGGCAUUGGAAGGAAACAUGAUUCAGAAAAGCAAAACAUCCGAUCUGGAAUCUUCAGAUGAUAGAAGUGUUUCAGGUCAUGGGUCAGCUCUCCCUACUGAGUCUGCAUUGGGUGAAGUGGAGCAAAGAUUUGCAACGGAACACACUACGCAGAUAACAGAACAGAAAGCUGACGAGGUGUAUUUCUAUGUGGCUCUUGAUGAAAUUCCUGAAGAAUUUGUAUCAGAUGCUACUGUAUAUUUUUUGAGAGACCCCAAAGAAGCAGUUACUGAACCUAAUGACCUGACUGAAGCUGAUGUGGUUCUUCCUAAAGUGAUUGAGUUUGGUUUACUGACUGAUGAUGCUCUUUUGAUGCUAAAAAAUAUCUUCUCAAAGCAGGCUGGAGAAGUUUCCUUUGCAGAAAAGGAAGUGCAGCCUGUGGAAUACCAUGAUAUUCAGAUAAGGAAUGAUCAUGUGAACAUGCAGAGAUUCUUAAGCACUUCUCAUCCAACUCUACAGCAAACUGAAGAAGAGAUUAAACUGGACAUGCCAACUGUAAAUCUAGAUGGAGAAGUGAGUGUUCUCGCUGCAGUUCCAGAAAUGGUUGAAGCUCUUGAAAGUUGUGCAAUGACCUGGCAAAAACUAAUAUCCACAGCUCUAGAGGAACAACUGAAAAAGGUUCCACAGGGCAGUGGUCCACUUGCAGAAAUUGACCUCUGGUGUGUAAGAAAUGCUGUUUUAAGUCAUCUUAAUGAACAGACAAAGCUUCCAGAAGUGGAAAGAGUCUUGGCAGUACUGCAGGAAGCUGAGUCUGAGUGUGUCAGAGAUUUACAUGUAAUCUUCAAUGACCUCAGAGAACACUGUGUGGAAGCUCUUGAUAAUGUUAGAUUUCUUUCAACUCUGGAACACCAUUUGAAGAAUCUAACGCAUGGCACUGGGUUUAAUGUUGUCUUGGAUACAAUUCCUUCGCUGAUGAAUGCUCUGAGAAUGGUGUGGAUUAUGUCACGGCAUUACAACACAGAUGAAAGGAUGGUGCCCCUGAUGGAAAGAAUUGCAUGGGAAAUUUCAAAUCGAGUGUGCAAAGUUGUGGAUUUACAUACACUAUUUAAAGAAGAUAGAGCUGCUGCGAAAAAGAAAAUAGCAGAGGCCAAAAGUACUCUUGAACAGUGGAAGAAAUCUUAUUUGGCUGUUCGUGCCCAGAUUGAAGCAUCAGGAAGAGAGCAACACUGGGAAUUUGACCGAAAACUUUUAUUUGGAAAAACAGAUUAUAUGACUUCAGUUUGUCAAGACCUGUAUGAUAUUUUGCAGGUCACUGAAGAGUUUUACAAUGUAUUUUGUUCUGAGCUGAAAGCUGUCACAGGUGAUCCAAAGCACAUUGAUCAUCUUCUGAGAAGAGUAGAUGAACUAACUAGUCCAAUGGAAGAACUGGCUUUUGAUCCUUUUAGCCUUGAAAGUGCACAUGAUUGGAAAUUAAUUAUGGAGGAAUUUAAAGCAGAAGUUUCAAUUAUUGAAGAAGAUGCCAAAAACUUUAUUGAUAAAUCUUUUAAGACUCUUCGAUCAGCAGAAGCUGCAUUUGACAUGCUGUUGAACUUCAAAAACACUCGCUGUCGUGAAACAAUUAAUAGGCAGCUGAUGAUGAAGUUCAAUGACAUAUUGGACCAAUACUGUAAAGAGGUUGAAAAUGUUAGACAAAUCUUUGUUCAAAACCUCACGGAUCCACCCUUGUUCAAGAAUCAUCCUCCACUGGCUGGAGCAAUAUACUGGGCCCGAUCGCUCUUCUAUCGCAUCAAACACACUAUUGUUCGGUUUCGGGAAGUAGAGGGGCUGCUUGCUAGUGAACGUGGAAAAGAAGUAAAGCAAAUGUAUCUUAAAGUGGCCAGGAGGAUGAAAGAGUAUGAAGAUCAGAAAUAUAAUCAAUGGAGAGAUGAGACAGAAAAGAUGCUCCCACUCUUACUGGAAAAAACUCUGCUGAUAGUCAUUACUGGUGGGUCAGCAACCCAUGUUAGUCUAGAGACUUUUGAUCAGACCUCAGUAACAGAGGAGCCUGUCACCACAGAGAAAAGUGUCCAAUUCCUAGUGAAUUUUUCUCCCAGACUCCAAGAGAUUAUCACUGAAACAAAGUACAUGGAGCAACUGGGGUUUCCAGUCCCAGAAAUAGCAAGAAAUGUGGCACUACAGGAAGACAGAUAUCUUAGGUAUGCAGAUGGAUUAAAACACAUGCUGGAUGACUAUCACAAUGUAGUAGGAACAUUGAAUGAAGCAGAAACCAAACUUCUUGAUGACCAUAUUCAGGAACUCUGGAAAGUGUUCAAAGUAGGGCAAAGAAGACUCAACUGGAACUCCUUAGGUAUUGCUGACUUUAUAGUCCGAUGUAAACAAGCCAUCAGGAAGUUUGAAAUCCUCAUCCAUCAGAUUCAUGCGAAUUCUGGAGACAUAAACAACAACCUUCUGCAAAUAGCAUCAACAAAUCUUUUCAAAUUUCCACUUUCAGAAAGUGCUGAUGUGCUUCCCAAUGUGAAAGAAUUUUUUGAGUAUGUAAAAUGUGAAAGAACAAAAGAUACAGAUCACAUGGUUAGAAUGUAUACUGCCAUUCCACAACUGUUAGCACAGCUGGAAGGACUUGUCAAUAUGAAGAGUGGCAAAUCUUCAAAAUUGGCUUCCUAUUAUGCAUAUUGGGAAAAUAGGAUUUAUCAGAUGCUGUUACAGUUAAUUCUGAAGAAUUUGCAAGCUUUUAAUGCAGCUGUUCUUGCAAAUGUGCCACUGUUCCAAAUAGAAGCUGUUUUGUCUCCUCCAAAAAUAAUCUUGCAACCCAAUGCCAGUGAAAUCGACAAAAUGACAGCGCAAUGUAUCCAAGACUGUGUUGAGGUCACAAAGCAUUUUGUGCGGUGGAUGCAUGGCACGUGCAUUGAAUGCCCUCCUCAGCGUCUUACAGAUGAUGAAAUGAUCACAUUCAGCUUUUACAGUGACAUCUCCCAGAACCCUCUGAUAACUGAGCAGGCUGCUCUCAUCACUCAGAAUGUCCACAGAGUCCUGACUUCUCUCAGCACGUAUUUGAACCAUUGGGAGAGAUACUGUUUUCUGUGGACUGUGGACAAAGACAUGGCCAUAAAGAAGUUAGCUGCUGAAAAGCCUUCCUAUGUCACCUUUGAUGAAAAGCUGCAGUUCUAUAUGAAGAUAGCUCAAGAAGUCACUCAACAACCCUUAAUAAAAGAUGAACAAUUUAUCAGGCUUUAUAUGAGUACUUUAGUUUCUGCAGUGGAGGAUAAAGCUAAAGACUGGAUGAUUUCCCUUGGACAGUUGCUUAAUGAGUUUGCAAGAAAAGAACUCUUCAGUCUUCAGGAGGAGAUCGAGACAUUAUCAGAGAAUCUUAAGACACCUCCUGAUUCCUUGGAAGAGCUGAAAAUUGUCCUCAGUACAAUUACAGCUAUCAGAGGCAUGUCGUUUACAGUGGAACUGAAAUAUUUGGACAUCUGGGAGAGAUACCGAACUCUUGCAAUGUAUGAUAUUCAAGUGGCUAAAGAAGAGCAAGAGAUGGCUGACAAGAUUAAGGAAAAGUGGGAGACUCUGUUCUUUGAAGCAUCAGAAGUUGAUCACAACCUUGGAGGCAUAAAAAGAAUGUUCACAGAGAUUACAAAGCAACAAAUCGAGGACUACACUACAAAGGUAGCAGAUUUCUUCUGUAAAUUCAUGGCUGAGGGGCCUGGUGCUGUUGGAGAAGAUCUUGAUAAAGGGCUGGAACUCAUGGCCAUUUUUGAAAAAGAAAUGGAAAAACUGGAAGAAAUUCAUCAGGAACUGGGCAGUGUUGAGAAACUUUUUGACUUGCCAGCUAAAGUGUAUCCUGACUUAAUGAAAAUGCAGAAUGAUAUGAAAGGUCUAAAGCAAGUCUAUGAAAUUUAUGAAUUACAGAAGGCAGCUAAAGAGGAAUGGUCUCGGACACUCUGGAUAAACCUCAAUGUGCAGUUUCUUCAGGAAGGAAUUGAAGGAUUUCUUAAAGCUUUUCGAAAGCUGCCCAAACAAGUCCGCAGUAUGCCAGCAGCCUGUCACUUGGAAACAAAACUGAAGGCAUUUAGAGACUCCAUUCCUUUGUUGCUUGAUUUGAAAAAUGAAGCUCUAAGAGAAAGGCAUUGGCAAGACCUUAUGGAGAGAACAGGCACAAGGUUUGAAAUGACAACUGAAACGUUUACUUUGGAGAAUAUGUUUGCUAUGGAACUUCACAGGCACUCAGAUAUUAUCAAUGAAAUAGUUGGAACAGCUGUUAAGGAGCUUAGUGUUGAGAAGAGUAUGAAGGACAUAGCAGAAACAUGGGAACAGCUGAAAUUUACUGUGCAAAUAUAUUUCAAAGGCACUGAGAAGCGUGGCUUUAUUCUGGGAUCUGUAGAUGAAAUUUUAGAGAUUCUUGAUGACAACAGUGUCAAUCUUCAGAGCAUCUUGGGCAGUCGUUUCGUGGGUCCUUUCCUUUCAACUGUUCACCAUUUGGAAAAAACUCUGUCAUUGAUUGGUGAAGUAAUUGAGAUCUGGAUGGUGGUUCAGAGAAAAUGGAUGUACCUGGAGAGCAUCUUUGUUGGUGGAGAUAUAAGAUCACAGCUUUCAGAAGAAGCUGAAAUAUUUGACAGUGUAGACAGUAUGUUCAAAAAGAUAAUGGAUGAAACUGCAGAAGAACCAAUAAUUAAAAAAUCCUGUGAGGCCCCAAAUCGUCUAUCAGACCUCCACCAUAUCAAUAAUGUGCUGGAGAAAUGUCAGAAAAGCUUGAAUGAUUAUUUGGAUUCGAAGCGAAAUGCCUUCCCAAGGUUUUUCUUUAUAUCUGAUGAAGAGCUGCUUAGUAUCCUUGGCAGCAGUAACCCACUUUGUGUCCAGGAACACAUGAUAAAGAUGUACGAUAACAUAGCUUCCCUGAGGUUUCAGGAUGGUGAUGGUGAUAAGAAAAUCGCCACGGCCAUGAUUUCAGCUGAGGGGGAGGUGAUGGAUUUCCGGCAGGCUGUAGCUGCAGAGGGCAGAGUGGAGAACUGGAUGACAGCAGUGCUGGGAGAAAUGAGACGAACAAACAGACUUCUUACUAAGGAGGCUAUUUUUCGAUACUGUGAAGACAGAAGCAGAGUUGAUUGGAUGUUACUCUACCAAGGCAUGAUGGUGCUGGCUGCCAAUCAGGUGUGGUGGACGUGGGAGGUUGAGGAUGUCUUUCGGAAAGUGAAGAAAGGAGAAAAACAGGCAAUGAAACUGUAUGCUAAAAAAAUGCACCAACAAAUUGAUGAGCUGGUUACUCGCAUUACUGCACCUUUGAGCAAAAACGACAGGAAAAAAUACAACACUGUUCUCAUCAUUGAUGUUCAUGCCAGAGACAUCGUCGAUACAUUUGUCAGAGACAGCAUUCUGCAGGCUCAGGAAUUUGAAUGGGAAAGCCAGCUGCGCUUCUAUUGGGACCGAGAACCAGAUGAGCUGAGUGUGCGGCAGUGCACAGGGACAUUUUCAUAUGGUUAUGAGUACAUGGGUUUGAACGGGCGCCUCGUGAUCACCCCGCUUACUGAUCGUAUCUAUCUCACAUUCACACAGGCUUUAUCAAUGUUUUUGGGAGGAGCACCAGCAGGGCCAGCAGGUACAGGGAAAACAGAAACAACCAAGGAUCUGGCCAAAGCACUGGGCUUGCUGUGUGUGGUGACAAACUGUGGAGAAGGCAUGGAUUUCAAAGCAGUUGGUAAAAUCUUCUCUGGUCUUGCCCAGUGUGGAGCAUGGGGAUGCUUUGAUGAAUUCAAUCGUAUCGAUGCUUCUGUGCUUUCAGUCAUUUCUUCUCAGAUUCAAGUUAUUCGAAAUGCUUUAAUGAAUCAUCAGAAAACAUUUCAGUUUGAAGGACAAGAAAUAAACCUUGAUAGCCGAAUGGGCAUUUUUAUUACAAUGAAUCCUGGUUAUGCUGGCCGGACUGAGCUCCCUGAGUCUGUAAAAGCUUUGUUCAGGCCUGUGGUUGUUAUUGUACCAGAUCUUCAGCAAAUCUGCGAAAUCAUGCUCUUUUCUGAAGGAUUCCUUACGGCAAAGGUCCUUGCCAAAAAGAUGACAGUGCUGUACAAGCUGGCAAAAGAACAACUUUCUAAACAACAUCAUUAUGAUUUUGGGCUGCGGGCCCUUAAGUCAGUAUUGGUGAUGGCUGGGGAAUUGAAAAGGGGAUCACCAGACCUCAGUGAGGAGGUUGUACUGAUGAGAGCUCUACGAGAUAUGAAUCUUCCUAAAUUUGUGUUUGAAGACGUACCUCUCUUCCUUGGCCUAAUCUCUGACCUGUUUCCCGGCCUGGACUGCCCUCGAGUCCGCUACCCUGACUUUAAUGAUGCUGUAGAACAAGUGCUGGAAGAAGGAGGUUAUGUUGUUUUACCAGUUCAGGUGGAUAAAGUUGUUCAGAUGUAUGAGACAAUGAUAACUAGACACACUACAAUGGUGGUUGGGCCUACUGGAGGUGGCAAAUCGGUUGUCAUUAAUGCUUUGUGCCAAGCCCAGAACAAGCUGGGAUUGUUGACAAAGCUUUACACACUGAAUCCUAAAGCUAUGUCUGUGAUUGAACUAUAUGGGAUCCUUGACCCUACCACACGAGACUGGACAGAUGGAGUCCUGUCAAACAUUUUUCGGGAUAUCAACAGGCCUACUGACAAGAAAGAACGAAGGUACAUUCUGUUUGAUGGAGAUGUAGAUGCUCUAUGGGUUGAAAACAUGAAUUCUGUCAUGGAUGACAAUAAGUUACUGACCCUGGCAAAUGGGGAGAGGAUUAGACUCCAGUCGCACUGUGCACUGUUGUUUGAGGUUGGUGACUUACAGUAUGCAUCUCCUGCCACAGUAUCCCGCUGUGGAAUGGUCUUUGUGGAUCCUAAAAAUCUGAAAUACAAGCCUUACUGGCAGAAGUGGAUGCGAGGAAGAGAAAAUGAGCAAGAGAGAAUUGAAUUGAAUCGUCUCUUUGAAAAAUACGUGCCCUGCCUUAUUGAUAUGAUUACAGAGGGAGUUGUGGAUGGCAAACAAGAAGAAAGGCUGAAGACCAUUGUUCCUCAAACAGAUUUAAACAUGGUGGUUCAGCUGACUGUGAUGCUGGAAGCUGUUCUUGUAGAAAAACCUGAUGAUCCUGAUGUUCUAGAGUGCUUUUUCUUGGAAGCUUUAUAUUUUUCUUUAGGUGCUUCUCUUCUUGAUGCUGGAAGAGUUAAAUUUGAUAAAUACAUUAAACAUAUUUCUUGUAUGUCAACUGUUCAUGAUGAGAACAUCCUGGCUAAGCCAGGGGAGCUGCCAGGUCAGCUGCCAACUUUGUAUGACUUUCAUUUUGAUGGAUUUCAAAAAAAGUGGGUACCUUGGAUGCAACUUGUUCCUGGAUAUAUUCAUAAUCCUCAAAAGAAGUUUCUUGACAUCCUAGUGCCUACAGUGGAUACAACACGCACUACUUGGUUGCUAGAACAAAUGGUAAAAAUAAAACACCCAGUUGUUCUUGUAGGUGAAUCAGGUACUUCUAAAACAGCAACAACGCAGAACUUCUUAAGCAGUCUGAACGAAGACCUUAAUCUUCUCCUAGUGAUGAACUUCUCUUCCCGUACAACAUCAAUGGACGUCCAGAGAAAUCUAGAAACAAAUGUAGAGAAACGAACUAAAGACACUUAUGGCCCUCCUAUGGGAAAACGUCUCAUUGUUUUCAUGGAUGAUAUGAAUAUGCCAAGGGUUGAUGAGUAUGGCACGCAGCAACCCAUUGCCUUGUUGAAGCUGCUGCUAGAAAAAGGUUUCCUGUAUGACCGCAGUAAGGAGAUGAACUGUAAAAUGCUCCGAGAUCUGGGAUUUGUCGCUGCCAUGGGGAAAGCUGGAGGAGGUCGGAAUGAAGUCGACCCUCGAUUCAUCUCACUCUUCAGUGUUUUUAACGUACCUUUUCCUUCUGAGCAGUCACUGAAUUUGAUCUACGCCUCCAUCCUGAAAGGCCACACUGCGACGUUUAAUGAGUCUAUAUCAGCUAUCUCUGAGACCAUAACAGUAUGCACCUUGGAGCUUUAUAAAAGGAUUGUCUGUGACCUACCCCCUACUCCUUCCAAAUUCCAUUACAUUUUUAACCUGCGGGACCUUUCCAGGGUCUAUAAUGGACUUAUUCUUACAACCCCAGAGAGGUUUCAAACAGUCACCCAGAUGGUGAGAGUUUGGAGAAAUGAGUGCCUGAGGGUUUUCCAUGACAGGCUGAUUAAUGAAGCAGAUAAAGCUUUGGUACAAGGACAUAUCAAAAACCUGAUUGAAGAGAAUUUCAGAGAUGAAUUGGAGCAGGCUAUGAGGGAUCCUAUUCUUUUUGGGGAUUUCAGGAUGGCACUGAAUGAGGGAGAGCCUCGUAUUUAUGAAGAUAUACAAGCCUAUGAUGUGGCAAAAAAUCUCUUUCAGGAGAUUUUGGAGGAAUAUAAUGAGGCUAAUGUUAAAAUGAAUCUAGUUCUUUUUGAUGAUGCUUUGGAACAUUUAAUCCACGUAUAUCGCAUCAUACGGAUGGAUCGUGGCCAUGCCCUACUCAUAGGAGUUGGAGGCUCAGGAAAGCAGUCUCUUACAAGAUUGGCUGCCUUUACAGCUGGAUGUGAGGUAUUUGAAAUCAUCUUGACUCGAGGAUAUAGAGAAAAUAACUUCCGAGAAGACCUGAAAAGCCUGUACCAGAAGCUUGGUAUUGAGAACAAGUCAAUAGUCUUCUUGUUUACAGAUGGCCAUGUAGCAGAUGAGAGUUUCUUGGAGCUCAUCAAUAACAUGUUAACUUCAGGAAUGGUGCCAGCCCUUUUUGCAGAUGAUGAAAAAGACACCAUACUAAGUCAGAUUGGAGACGAAGCUAUUAAAGCUGGUGUGAACCCAGCUAAACAGAGCGUCUGGCAAUAUUUUGUAAACAAAUGUACAAGCAACCUUCAUAUUGUCCUGGGAAUGUCCCCAGUUGGGGACAGUCUGAGAACGUGGUGCAGAAAUUUCCCAGGUCUUGUCAACAAUACUGGUAUUGACUGGUUCUUACCCUGGCCCUCCCAAGCUUUGUAUGCAGUUGCAAAAUCCUUUGUUGGAAGUAACACACGCAUUCCAGCAGAGAGCUCCAAGAUGGUGGUUGAGCACAUGGUCAUGGUGCAUGAAUCUGUAGGCAUUUUCAGCAAGAGGUUUCUGCAGAAAUUAAGACGUAGUAACCAUGUCACACCAAAAAAUUACCUUGACUUUAUCCAUACGUAUCCAAGAUUGCUUGAGGAGAAAAAUGAGUUCAUUUUAGUACAAUGCAAACGGCUGGAGAGGGGCCUGGAUAAACUGAAGGAUGCGAGUGUGCAGUUGGUUGAGCUGAACAAGAAACUCGCAGAGCAAAAGAUUGUGCUAGCAGAAAAAUCAGCUGCUUGUGAGGCUUUGUUAAAAGAGAUUUCAGCAAACACAGAAGUAGCUGAAGUGAAGAAAAAACUGGCUGAAGAAAAAGCUGCAGAGAUACAGGAACAGAAUAAGAUUAUUGCUAUGGAGAAAAAGGCUGCUGAGACAGCUCUGGCUGAAGUCAUGCCUAUUUUAGAAGCUGCCAAACUGGAGCUGCAGAAGCUUGACAAGUCUGAUGUUACUGAGAUCAGAUCCUUUGCAAAACCCCCUAAACAGGUGCAAGCUGUUUUGGAAUGUGUUCUUAUAAUGAGGGGGUACAAAGAAUUAAACUGGAAGACAGCCAAAGGAAUGAUGUCAGAGGCCAAUUUCCUGCGAUCCCUGAUGGAGUUAGAUUUUGAUGGCAUUACUUACAGCCAAGUGAAAUCUGUUCGAGCUGUGUUGAAGAGUCUUAAUACCACCUUCACUGAAAUGGAACUUGUUAGCAGAGCUGGCCUGGGAAUGCUGAAGUUUGUUGAAGCGGUGAUGAGCUACUGUGAUGUAGUUAGAGAAGUCAAGCCAAAGAGAGAGAAGGUGGCAAGGCUAGAACGGAACUAUUACUUAAGUAAGAGGGAACUGGAAAAGAUAAAUGCAGAGCUAUCUACAAUUCAGGCUGAGCUUAAAGCUUUGGGGGACAAAUACCAGGAGGCAAUAAAAGAAAAGCAACAGUUACAAGAAGAAGCAGAGAUUAUGCAGAGAAGACUGGAAGCUGCUGACAAGCUCAUCUUUGGCUUGAGAUCUGAGAACAAGAGGUGGGCAAAGGAACUAGAGGACCUCAAAAUGCGAAAGGUGAAGUUGCUUGGAGAUUGUCUACUCUGUGCUGCCUUUCUGAGCUAUGAAGGAGCAUUCAGCUGGGAGUUUCGUAAUGAGAUGAUUUAUCAAGUGUGGCAAGAAGACAUUCUUUCACGAGAGAUUCCUCUCAGCCAGCCUUUUAGGUUAGAAAGCCUCCUGACUAAUGAGGUGGAGGUUAGCAGGUGGGUUUCCCAAGGAUUGCCUCCGGAUGAGCUCUCCAUCCAGAAUGGCAUUCUGACAACAUAUGCAAGCCGUUUCCCACUCUGUAUUGACCCACAACAACAGGCUUUAAAUUGGAUUAAGAAGAAAGAAGAAAAAAAUAACCUGAGGAUGGCUUCCUUCAAUGACCCAGAUUUCCUUAAACAACUAGAACUUGCCAUAAAGUAUGGAAGUCCUUUCUUGCUGCAUGGUGUUGAUGAAUACAUUGAUCCUGUGAUAGACAAUGUCUUAGAGAAGAAUAUCAAAGUUGCACAGGGGCGAAAAUUCAUUGUGCUGGGUGACAAAGAGGUUGACUAUGACAGUAAUUUUAGGUUGUACCUGAACACCAAAUUAGCAAACCCAAAGUAUUCUCCUGCUGUAUUUGGGAAAGCUAUGGUUAUCAAUUAUAAAGUUACACUGAAGGGCCUCGAGGAUCAAUUGCUCAGUGUUAUUACGGGUUUUGAAAGAAGGGAAUUGGAAGAACAGAGAGAACAACUCAUCCAGGAGACGAGUGACAAUAAGAACUUACUGAAAGAUCUGGAAGACUCUCUCCUUCGGGAACUGACAUCUUCCACAGGAAACAUGUUGGACAACAUAGACUUGGUGCAAACCAUGGAGGAGACAAAAUCCAAAGCUACUGAGGUGAUCGAGAAACUUCAUCUGGCUGCGACAACAGCGGCGGAUAUUGAUCAGCUUCGAGACGGCUACAGACCAGCUGCCAGGAGGGGGGCCAUUUUGUUCUCCGUUUUGUCUGAAAUGGCAGUGGUCAACAUCAUGUACCAGUACUCCCUGGUCUCCUUCUUAGAGGUUUUUGGACUCUCUCUUCGGAAAUCCAUGCCCAGUCCUAUUCUUCCCAAGAGAUUAAAGAACAUCGUGGACACGUUGACUUUCAACACCUAUAACUACGGCUGCACAGGCUUGUUUGAGAAGCACAAGUUAUUGUUCUCCUUUAAUAUGACUGUGAAGAUAGAGCAAGCUGAUGGCAGAGUUCCCCAUGAAGAACUUGACUUCUUUUUAAAAGGCAAUAUUUCCCUGGAGAAGAGUGCACGAAAGAAACCGUAUGCUUGGCUUCCAGAUCAAGGCUGGGAAGAUCUAAUUCGCUUGUCUGAACUAUUUCCUGAGCAAUUUGAAUCUCUUCCAGAUGAUGUGGAAAAAAAUCCAGAUGUAUGGAAAAAUUGGUACGAUACAGAUGCUCUGGAGCAGAUGCCAUUCCCCAUGCACUACCAGAACAGUCUCACAAACUUUCAGAAACUCCUCCUCCUGCGGUGUUUCCGAGUGGACCGAGUGUAUCGGGCAGUGACAGACUAUGUGACACUGACCAUGAGUGAGAAGUAUGUGCAGCCCCCCGUGAUCAGCUUUGAAGCUGUCUUUGAGCAGAGCAGUCCUUACUCACCAGUUGUCUUUAUCUUAAGUCCUGGCUGUGAUCCCAUUAGUGACCUCAUGAAACUGGCUGAGAAGACAGGCUUUGGAGGGGAUAGACUCAAAUUCCUAGCCAUGGGACAAGGCCAAGAACAGAUUGCCCUGCAGAUGCUGGAGAACGUGGUGGUCAGAGGAGAGUGGCUGAUGUUGCAGAACUGUCACCUUUUGGUGAGGUGGCUUAUCACUCUGGAAAAGGCCCUGGAGAAAAUCACAAAUCCUCACCCAGACUUUCGCCUCUGGCUGACUACAGACCCAACCGAGGGCUUCCCCAUUGGGAUUCUGCAGAAGUCACUGAAGGUUGUAACAGAACCACCAAAUGGUCUGAAACUGAAUAUGCGAGCCACCUACUUCAGAAUUCCCAAAGAGGCCUUGGAGCAGUGCCCACAUCCUGCCUUCAAAUCCUUGGUCUAUGUGCUGGCAUUUUUCCAUGCCGUGGUUCAGGAGAGGAGGAAGUUUGGGAAGGUUGGCUGGAACGUACCGUAUGAUUUUAAUGAAUCUGAUUUCCAGGUCUGCAUGGAAAUUCUUCACACAUACUUGACAAAAGCUUUCCAGCAAAAUGAUGAUAAAAUCCCCUGGAGCAGCCUCAAGUAUCUUAUUGGUGAGGUCAUGUAUGGUGGCCGUGCCAUUGACAGCUUUGAUCGUCGCAUUCUGACUGUCUAUAUGGAUGAGUACCUUGGUGAUUUCAUAUUUGACACAUUCCAAACAUUUCAUUUUUACAAAAAUGAUGAGGUUGAUUAUAGGAUUCCACAAGGGACGGUAAAAGAUGACUUUGUUGUGGCAAUAGAAUGUCUGCCCCUCGCCAACACUCCAGAAGUAUUUGGUCUUCAUGCCAAUGCUGAGAUUGGGUAUUACACACAGGCAGUUCGUGGUAUAUGGUCUCAUCUUCUUGAACUGCAGCCUCAAACAGGUGAAUCUGGUACAGGAGUUAGUCGAGAUGAGUAUAUUGCUCAUGUUGCUAAGGAUAUAGAAAACAAAAUACCAGAAGUAUUUGAUCUCAGCAAGAUACGCAAACAUUUUGGACUGGAGCUGCCCCCAACAACUGUGGUGCUGUUGCAGGAACUGGAACGUUUUAAUAAACUCAUCAUUUGCAUGGCAAAGUCAUUGGCUGAACUGCAGCGCGCCUUGGCUGGGGAAGUUGGAAUGAGCAGUGAACUGGACGAUGUGGCUCGGGCACUCUUCAAUGGACAGAUUCCUGGCAUCUGGAGGCGGCUGGCCCCCGACACACUAAAAACCCUUGGAAAUUGGAUUAUUUUCUUCACAGAUAGGUACAACCAGUACAGCACCUGGGUUAAUGACUGUGAACCAAAGGUGAUGUGGCUCUCAGGCCUGCACAUUCCAGAAUCCUACCUGACAGCUCUUGUUCAAGCCACCUGCAGGAAAAACAGGUGGCCCCUGGAUCACUCCACCCUGUACACCGAGGUGACCAAAUACAGGACUGCAGAAGACAUCACUGAAGGGCCUACACAAGGCUGCUUUGUUUCUGGCCUGUUUCUGGAAGGGGCAGACUGGGACACGGAGAACAGCUGCCUAACAAAAAGCAAGCCCGGGGUGCUGGUGGUGGAGUUACCCAUCCUGAAGAUAAUACCCACUGAAGCACACAGGCUCAAACUCCAGAACACCCUCCGGACACCAGUGUACACCACCUCCCAGAGAAGGAACGCCAUGGGCGUUGGCCUUGUUUUUGAAGCUGAUCUUUACACCACAAAGCACAUUUCCCACUGGGUGCUUCAAGGCGUUUGUCUCACUUUGAAUGCAGACUGACAGUUUGCAGUUAGGCACUGCAUUAUCCUCACAGCAUCCCCGGUGUGAGCGAGGGGAAGAAAGAAAAAGAGGCAAAGACUGAGCCCCAGGGUGGGGUCCCAUUAGGCACAAUUGACUUCCAGUAGUACAUUACAACUGUGAGCUAAUGGUAUCAA